AUGUAUAAAUAUUUAUCAAGAUCUUCAUGCCUUGUUAAUAUCGUAAUUCAUCAAAAUAUUAACAAAACAGUUACACCCUCAAUUUUUUCAUCGUUUGGACGUCGUUUUUACUCAGUUUCUCCAACAGAUAUUGAAUAUGACGCUAUUAUAAUUGGUGGAGGCCCAGGUGGUUAUGUUGCAGCAAUAAAAGCUGCACAAUUAGGACUUAAGACCGCAUGUGUUGAAAAACGUGGUGCUCUUGGUGGUACUUGUUUAAAUGUUGGAUGUAUUCCUUCAAAAGCAUUGUUAAAUAAUUCGCAUAUAUUUCAUCAAACAAAGCAUGAGUUAAGCUCUAGAGGAAUUGAUGUUUUGGAUGUGAAGUUAAAUCUUGGUAAUAUGAUGAAAGCCAAAGAUAAGGCAGUCACCGGUCUUACUAGAGGUAUUGAAGGACUUUUCAAAAAAAAUGGUGUUACUUAUAUUAAAGGUCAUGGACGCUUUAUCGGAUUGAAUGAGAUUAAAGUUGAUGGUUUGGAUGGAAAUGAGAGUAUUUUUAGAGCAAAAAAUUUUAUAAUUGCUACUGGAUCAGAAGCAACGCCAUUUAAAGGUUUAGAUAUUGAUGAAACACAAAUAGUAACGUCUACAGGAGCACUAUUGUUAGAUAAAGUACCUAAAAAAAUGUUGGUAAUUGGUGGUGGCAUUAUUGGACUUGAACUUGGUUCUGUAUGGAGUCGUCUUGGUGCAGAAGUAACUGUUGUUGAAUAUCUUAGUUCAAUUGGUGCAGGAAUAGAUGUUAUAGAUGCAUCAAAAAAAGAUGGCAAAGUUUAUGUAAAUGUUGAAGCAUCCAAUGGAGGUACACAAGAAUCAUUAGAAGCUGAUGUUGUACUUGUUUCAAUUGGAAGACGACCUUAUACUGAAAAACUUGGUUUAGAAAAUGUUGGAAUUGAUGUUGAUGAUAAAGGAAGAAUUAAAAUCGAUUCUCAUUUUAAGACUAAUCAUUCACACAUCUUAUGUAUUGGUGAUGUUACUUAUGGUGCUAUGUUAGCUCAUAAAGCCGAAGAAGAAGGCAUAGCUGCUGCAGAAUUUAUUGCAGGUGGAUUUGGACAUGUCAAUUAUGACGUGAUACCUUCAGUAAUUUAUACACAUCCAGAAGUUGCAUGGUGUGGUAAAACUGAAGAACAAGUUAAAGAAACCAAAAAACCAUAUCGUGUUGGUACCUUUCCAUUUGCUGCAAACUCACGUGCACGAACAAAUGACGAUUCUGAAGGAGUAGUUAAGAUUAUAUCUGAUGAAGAAACUGAUCUAGUGUUAGGAAUUCAUAUAAUUGGACCAAAUGCUGGUGAAAUGAUAGGUGAAGCUGUUCUAGCUAUGGAAUAUGGUGCAAGUAGCGAAGAUAUAGCUAGAACUUGCCAUGCACAUCCAACAUUAUCUGAAGCAUUCAAAGAAGCUGGUACGUGA